AUGAUAACAUGGACUUCAGGUAAACCGGUAACACGGAUACCAAUUAUGGCCAAACAAGUGCUAGAUCUAUAUGAACUCUACCGAUUAGUUGUACAUCACGGAGGAUUAGUCGAAAUCAUCAACAAGAAACUAUGGCGUGAAAUAACAAAAGGAUUAAAUUUGCCAUCAUCAAUCACUUCUGCAGCAUUCACGCUAAGAACUCAGUAA